AUGUCUGCGGCGGGAUUAACGGUUGCACUCUCGAUGUUGGCUGGGGCGGCUUAUGAUGCCCGCCACGCACGGCUGCUGAAAAAAAGAAAAUCGAACAGGGCUGCUUCUGCUCGCGGGGUCGUCGGCGAUUGCGGCGGAUCGGGCGAACGGCUAAGGGUUGCUGCAACUGUUCCGGCUGAAAGACGGGACGACCGCUGCAACGUGUGGUCACUCGCCUCCGUUCGCAACUUUGCACGCGUUGGAAAAUUCGGUGGCGGAAUUCCUCGGAAAAGACCGCCGCUGCUCAUUGACCGACGCGAACGGACAGAAGGCCUGCUGUUGAAGGUCGCCGACGAGGAUUUCUCGACUGGUUCGUCGGCGGUUCUGUUCGCGAAUGGACAAGGAAGGCCGCUGCUCAUCGAUUCUUGGGUUUAA